AUGUCCAACCGAACCAUUGUGACUGAGUUCCUUCUCCUGGGAUUCUCUGAGGUUCGGGAGCUGCAGAUUUUGCACUUUGUGGUGUUUCUAGUAAGUUAUCUGUCAGCCCUGGUGGGAAAUCUUCUUAUCAUCAUGGUUGUAGCCCUCAACAACCACCUUCAGACCCCCAUGUACUUCUUCCUGGUGAAUCUAUCCAUCCUGGACAUUGGCUUCAUCUCUGUCACCAUCCCCAAAUCCAUGGCCAAUUACAUAUUGAACACCAGGUCAAUUUCUUAUACUGGGUGUGUUGCUCAAGUCUUUCUCUUUGUCUUCUUCGCUGAGGCUGACUUUGCUUUCCUCACUGUAAUGGCAUAUGAUCGAUAUGUUGCCAUCUGCAAACCACUGCACUAUGAGACUGUGAUGAACAGGAGAGCUUGUGUCCAAAUGGCAGCCAGUGCCUGGAUCAGUGGUAUUCUCUACUCUGUGCUACACACCGGGAACACAUUUGCAUUGACCUUCUGUGGAGGCAACAUGGUGGAUCAGUUCUUCUGUGAGAUCCCCCAGCUACUCAAGCUCUCCUGCUCUGACUCAUAUCUGAGUGAAGUUGGAGUUCUUGCAUUCAGUGUGUGUUUACUCUUAGGCUGCUUUGUUUUUAUCAUUGUGUCGUAUGUUCAGAUCUUCAAAUCAGUGCUCAGAAUCCCCUCUGAGCAGGGCCGUCAUAAAGCCUUCUCCCCCUGCCUUCCUCACCUCACUGUGGUCUCCUUGUUUGUUUGCACUGGUGCCUUUGCUUACCUAAAACCCACCUCCAGUUCAACAUCUGCUCUGGAUCUCAUGGUGGCUGUGCUCUAUUCCGUGGUCCCUCCCAUGAUGAAUCCGAUAAUCUACAGCAUGAGGAACAAGGAGAUCAAAGGUGCGCUGAGGAAACUGACUGAGUGA